AUGCGUAUGUCAUUGAGGAUACAAGGAAAAAGUCCUGUUGAUUUUAACGUAUCUUCCCCAAAUGCUAGGCGACAAAAAGUUACUUCUAAUUCCCAAGAUGUUCGUCGAUCUGAUAGACUUCGAGAUAAACAUAAACUUAUUGAAAAAGAAAGAAUCCCUCAACUUCCUGACGAUAUUAUUCAUAAUAUUUUUGAAUUGGUGGCUUUUCAAUGUAGAUUCGCUUGUUUAUUAGUCAGCAGAAAAUGGUGUAGGCUCAUGGUUCCUAUAAUUUGGAGAACUCCUUUUGCUACUAAAUAUAUAAAAUAUCCUUGGACUGGUGGAAAAUUUUGGUUAUCCGAUAUAAUUGCUACUUAUAUCGCUUGUCUCGACCCUCAAAGCAAAUUCUUUUUAAGGCAACAUGGUAUUAAAAUUCCUCAUUCUAAAAAACCUUUAUUUCAAUAUCAAAACUUUCUUUACGAAUUUCACUUACCUCAACUUGAAAAAGUCGUUAUCAAUUGGUAUAGUAAUAGUCAAAAUAUUGAUCAAGAUUUGAAAUAUUUAUGUUGGCAUUGGAGAGAACCAACUGAUCAAAGAACAAAAGUUAUUAAACGAAGAAUUAUGCUUUUAAUGACUGAAAUUUCAAAACUUUUAUUCAAUUCCGCUUAUAUUAAAAGAACUGAUUUCACUAUUCAAUUUAACAGUAUCUUUGUUCCUCCUUUGGAUGCUUUUAAUAGAUUUUUCCAUUUCUCGGAAGAUAUUACUUUUUUGAAAAUUUGUAAUAGUGAUUCAAAUAUUAACUUUCCCGAAAACCUUCGUGAAAGUACAAAUGUUCUUUUAUCUUCAAUGAACUCUUCUUUUCAUAAUCUUCAAUAUAUUGAUAUAACCGGUCAUGAUGUUCUGAAUCCCUUAAUUAUUUCCUUAAUCAAAAAUCAAAGACAUCUUCGUUCUCUCGUAAUUCGUUGGGCUAGAGUCAUUAAUCCUAUUCUUAAAAUUUUAUCUUCAAGUACCUUUACCACCUUAUCUUGGCUUGGAUUUGAUAUGGUGCACGCAAGAUUAAAAACUUUUCAAUUAUUAUCUGCUUGCAAAAAUUUACUUUCUUUGGUUUUGUACAACGUCAUGGAACUUCACGCUGAACCUGAAAUUAAUAUUCCUUGGGAUCUAGUACGUCCUCUUUCCGUUAAAAAACUCUUUAUUUUCGAUGAUGGGAGAUAUGCAACAAACAUUCGUCCAAGUUUCAUUGAAAUUUUUCGUAUUGUUAAAGAAUGUUUGCAAGAACUUACAAUAGACAUUUUAUAUCCGCAUCAAUCAAGAGACAUAAUUAGUGCCAUGAUGGAAACUUGCUCAAAUAUCAAAUAUCUGGCUCUUCAUAUCAAACAAAUAGAUACUACCGAUGAAUUUAAUAAAUGGUUACAAUUUUCAAAAUUGGAAUCAUUAAUUUUAAAAUCAAAAUUUAACAAUAAAAAUUUUGGUACUUAUAUUCAAGAAUUAAGUGAAUUUUUUCCUGAAUCUUUAACUUAUUUGGAUUUAGAUUCUUAUAUUACCCCAAAAGAAUUAGAAGCUUUAUUAAGAUCUACUACGCAUGUUAAUUUUAAAAAAAUUGGUUUAAAUUCUACUAAAGGAAUUACCGAUGAACAUUUACAUAUUUUAAUGAAAUAUUCAGAAUUUUACAAAAGUCUUGAAGAAGUCACUUAUGAUAGAUGGGUGGUUCAACAUAUGAAUAGGUUUGAUAGGUUUGAUAGAAGGAUGAUGUUUACUUGUAAUAAUGGUUUAAAAUUUUCAGAGUUAUCGGAUGAAAAGAUGGAAAAGGCUGGAAAAUUUAUUAAGGUUAUUAGAAGGGAACAAUUUUUUACCUUUUGA